AUGCUUAUUAAAGAUGGCCAUUUUUUCUCACUGCAUUCAACAAAAAUUGGAAAAAAUAAUCAAUCUUUAACAGAAUUGUCAAAUAGAUGGGAGGAUUAUUUGAAAAAACAAACCUGGAUAAUUGAAUCAAUUAGUAUUGGACAUCACCGUAAAAAUGCUUAUGAUUGUAAACAGCCAACUAUCACCUCAACCAAAGAAGCUAUUGGUCCUUUGACCAAUGAAAUCGGCGUGUCACCAUUUCUAGCAUUAUGGACUUCUAAAGCUAAUGUUAUCGUUGGCUUACAUGAUGGAUUGGAAGAACAUUUAAAUAAUACUGACAAAAAUUGGAUAUAUUCUGGUAUAUAUGCUGUUAUACAAUUCAAUGAAGGAACAAAACAAGUAAUUUCAAUCAAUUACAUUUACAGUAUAGUUACUUGUACAAUUUUGACUUGA